UGAGAGCUCUCCUGUUUCCAUUUCCAUUUUUAUCACAUUAUCCAAGUACCAAAUUCGCCAUGAUUUUUAUCGCUCGAAUCAUCAUGUCUCUCCUCGUCAAGCUCGACAACUUUCUCAUGAGCGUCUACUACGAAGAUUACCAACCAUGCGACACAGCUUGUCAGACAUUACCGAGCAGACCCAGCGGCCUCAUGAUGUCCUUGAGUCUUUGGGGGGGAGUAAUAUUCAUCUGUGUCAGCUUCAAAUUCGCCAACGAUCAGUUCGUCUACUGGGAGACGCACAACAGACUGUUGUUCGCAUUGCGUAGCAUUCCUAACGAUGAACGGAGUGCCGCGAUCGAUGAUCUAUGCCAGGGUCUGGAUUCGAGAGAAAAGUUUGCCUACUGCAUGUGGGCAGAAGACUAUUCCUUGACUCAAUUCGAGCUCUCUAUCAAAAAAAGGUAUUACCACCACAUGAAAGAUGGCAUACAACGGCGUCAUACUUUGCAGGAUGAUGAGAAGACUCUGUUGUUUGGAUCUUCAAAGAGCAAUGGGCUGGAGGUCGCAAGGGGGGACUAUUUGGUUUGAUGUGGAGCGAUUUGACCGGUAGUA